CUUGGACGAACUUCAACCCAACUACUUUUACAAUUACCACUCACUGCAAUGUCUUCGACAGAGGCCGUUAAAGGGUCUAGCACGCGGUAUAUUAGUGAUAGGCCAUACCAGAGCACGUCGGGCAUCGGCAUCAACAUCGCCAACAACACCACGACCAAGGACGAAAAGUUGAAGAGAUAUCAAGCCCAAGUCGAAGAAUGGUUUUCUUCACCAGACCACCCAUUGGCUAGCUAUACUGCUCGAACAUACAUUGAGAGAAGCACCACCACAAAAUAAUAUCCUAGACGAUGUUGGGAAGGCGGGGAGGCGAG